GAUAAAAAAAAAAAGCAAAACUGACACUUGGCACUUUUACACGUCUGCUGAAUCGUGACAUAUCCCGCUUGGUGUUCCCGAUUGGUGUUGGGUGUCGAGAAAUUAUGCUAUAGCAGACGCGCUCGUCAAAAUCUCGCUGAUGCGAUUUCGAACCGCGUCUAGGUCGGGAUUCUCGUGAUAUACGCGCACGUGGUAAAAUCUGAAAGGAGGAUGCUGCGAUGUCAGCACGCAGACGUCACGUCGGUGGGAGCGAGGUAGAACGCGAUUUUGCAGGCGCGAGAUCAUAUGGUUCGUUGUAUCGUCACGAUGACGACAACGCGGCGGGCAGAUUGUUGAGCGAGGAAAACGUCGACCUGUCAAACGAACGAUCCGCAACAACGAUGACCAUGACGUCUCGCGACAGAACCAACGAAUUCGUCAACGCGAUCCGCUCGAUGCAGAGCCGAGCCAUCACCACGCAAACCACCAUGGUGAACCAGAAGAAUCCGCUUCGCAGGCACCAAGUGCAGAGUUAUUCGAAUUUUAUGAUGAUCGCCAAGAAUAUUAGCAAAAAUAUCGCCAGCACGUAUACCAAACUGGAUAAACUCGCUUUAUUGGCCAAGAAAAAGUCCAUAUUCAAUGACAGACAGACGGAAAUCGACGAGCUUACGACUAUUAUAAAAACGGAUCUGAAGAGUUUGAACAAUCAAAUUGGAAAGUUGCAAGAUCUCGGGAAGAGCCAAAGAGAAUUUUUCGGUUCUUCUCAGAGUCGUCACAUUGCUUCGCAUUCCUCCUCGAUUGUGAUGACGUUACAAUCAAAACUGGCAAACAUGUCUAAUCACUUUAAAAGUGUUUUGGAAGUUCGUUCUGAGAAUAUGAGGGAAGAACAGAGCAGAAGACAGCAAUUUACUCAAGGGUCUCUGUCCACCAUGCUUCCCCCAAGUGUUGUUUCGGGUCGACAAGGUUCUUUGUUACUGCAAGAAGAAGCUUCUAGUAAUUCAGUGAUGGAACCAAUAAUGAACCAUCAGUUAACAACUAUGCAACAAGCUAUACAAGAUGACACAGAUGCGUACGUUCAAUCAAGAACUGAAACAAUGCAGAAUAUAGAAUCCACUAUAGUUGAAUUAGGUGGCAUUUUCCAACAAUUGGCGCAUAUGGUUAAAGAGCAAGAAGAAAUGGUUGAAAGAAUAGACAGCAACAUAGAGGAAACCGAAAUGAAUGUGGUAGCGGCACACACCGAGAUAUUAAAAUACUUUCAAUCUGUGACGGGCAAUAGAUGGCUGAUGAUCAAAAUAUUCGGGGUUCUGAUAUUUUUCUUCAUAUUUUUUAUAGUGUUCUUGUCAUAACUACACACAAAAAUAAUUGUUCAUAUAUAUCAUUACUUCAUCAUCCAUAUCCGUUAUUUGUGAUAGAGUUGCAAAAAAAAAAGGAUUUUUACAAGGCUACGACACAUGUAACAUAGACUAAAUGAGAGAUAUUCUGUGCAUUCCUGUUUCCUUCAAUUGUGAAUAUUGUAAGUACUGUUUAAAUACAAUUUAUAUGUAUAUAUAUAAUAUAUGUAUAUAUGUUAUAUAUAUAU